AUGGCUCUAUCUCACAUAACUUAUGGAUUGACUAGUCUUGUCCUCCUCUUCGCUGUCUAUCUGAAAUACAGCCGCAGGUCGACACCUGUUCCACCUGGACCGCGCAGCUGGCGUAUUGGCGGCGUCACGCACCUAAUCCCCAAGAAGCAUCCGUGGCUAUCGUACGCAAGAUGGAGCGAGAGGUUUGGUCCAAUCAUCUCGUUUCGCGUAUACAACCAGACCGUCGUCGUGUUGAACGAUACUAAGGCAGUUCACGAGCUGCUGGACAAGCGGCAGGCGUUCUACUCCGAUCGUCCGCGCUCGUGGAUGCUCCACGACCUGUGUGGCCGAGCGAAUACUGUUUUCAAUAUUUCUGCCACCAAUGAUAGGCAUAGGAAAUACAGAACGCUCCUCCGGGGCGGUCUUAGUCCCCAGGCGACACUGUCCUACGCCCCACUGCUGGAGUGCGAACUGGCAGAUCUUGUGACGCGCCUCAAUGAUUCGCCUGCGUUAUAUCGAGAACACAUUAGAAGGAACGCCGCAGCUAUUAUUAUGAGAGUAGCUUAUGGCUAUACUGUUGCUAAGGACAACGAUCUAUUUGUGCGCACUGCGGAGGAGGCAUCGCAGAUCAGCGGCCUUGCAAUGGCUCCAGGGCGUUGGUUGGUGAAUUACUUUCCUCUCCUGCGUUUCGUGCCAGGUUGGUUUCCAGGUGCUGGAUUCCAGAGACAAGCCGCAAUAUGGAGGAAAGAGCUCGACAAACUGUCGGGCGUGCCUCAUCAGUGGGUUCGCGAUCAAAUGGCAGCUGGCAUCGAUAACGAUUGCUUCACCACACGACUCCUGAAGCCCAGCAGCGGGAAGGUUGCCAGCGUAGAUGAGGAGGAUAUUAUCAAAUGGGCUGCGGGGGGUCUCUACGCAGGCGCCGCUGACACGACAUUCUCAGCACUGGUCUCAUUCAUCCUACUUAUGGCUGUCCAUCCGGACGUACAGGAUCGUGCUCGGGCGGAGAUUCUCGAACUUACAGGGGCGGACCGUCUGCCGUUUGUCAGCGAUAUUCCGCAGUUUCACUAUCUGUCCGCCGUGUUGAAGGAGGUGCUGCGAUUCGCCCCCGUUGCGCCCUUGGCUCUACCUCACCAGGUAACUCAGGAAGAUGAGUAUGGUGGUUACCGUAUUCCGAAGAAUGCGACGGUCAUGGCUAAUGUCUGGUCCAUCAUGCAUGACGAGACGCUCUACCCUGAUCCGUAUACCUUUGAUCCCAGUCGAUUUAUCCCAGUCAAAUCUGGGGAUAGUUUACAGCCGGAUCCUCGAGGAUACUCGUUUGGUUUCGGGAGACGCACUUGCCCAGGUUCACAUUUUGCUGAGACGUCCAUGUUGCUGAUCAUGGCUGGGAUCCUGCUCAAGUUCGAUAUUUCCUCAUCUCGCCCACGGCCCGCCAUCCAUCCACUCGAAUUUACGAGUGGUAUUACGAGCCACAUCAAACCGUUCGAUAUAAAUAUUGUUUCACGCAAGUAA